AUGGGUUGGUUUUGGAGUGAUGACCCUUCAAAAGGAUUAAAUAGACAAACCACCACAACUACAACAACAAAAGCACCUGCUAAUAUGUAUGAAGGUGAUAUAUCACUUUGUCCAGUGAUGAAUCCAAGUGGAAAUACACCACCACCAACACCACCAUCACAACUAUCACAGUCGGCUCCUACUACAAGAAUGGAUGAAGGUGAUAUUUCUUUAUGCCCUGUAAUGAACCCCAGUGGAGAAGGAAUAAAAUCGGGGGAGAAAGGUGAUAAAAAUGCAAUGAAUCCAUUGAAUUAUAUCCCAAAGGAUGUAUCUGCUACUGUGAAACAUCCAGAUCAAGAUAUGCAUUUAACUACAGAACGUACUAUAUCAACGAUACCAAAGGGUAAUGAGAAUAGUAAAUGGGAAUAUCCUUCUGCACAACAGAUGUAUAAUGCAAUGGUGAGAAAAGGGAAGAUCGACUCUACUGAUAAGGAGGAAGUCGAUGAAACUGCCAUCGAAUCAAUGGUUGAAGUUCAUAAUUUCUUAAAUGAAAGUUGUUGGUAUGAAGUAUUAGAUUGGGAAAAACAAUAUACUGAAGAGACCAAUGUUCAACCAAAAUUAUUAAGAUUUAUGGGGAAACCGGGCGUUUUAUCACCAAGAGCAAGAUUACAUUAUUAUAUGAGUUAUAUAUUUCCAUCUCAUUUUGCUAAAGAAUUACCAUUUGACAGACAUGACUGGGUUAUCUUAAGAGGUGACCCUAACUCUAAGGAUUCUGAAUAUCCAGGUUAUAGAAGAGUUAGAUACGUGUUAGACUUUUACGGCGGUCCGGAUGAUCCCAAUGGUUUCCCAACAUUUAGUGUUGAUGUAAGACCAGCUUUGGAUAAUAUUGGUAACGCGAAGGACAGAUUUGAACAUUUGACUAAAAAUGUUACCAACAAAUAUUUUGGAGAAAAGCCAAGCACAGAGAAGAAAUGA